AUGUUCUGUUUGCCACUACUGUUGUCAACAUCGGUGAUAAAGUGCAAGGGUCUGUGCGACCCCGUGACCCACGAGAUCCCGGAACUCUUGUCGGACCCUGGGAAUUACAAUCGCCUGUCUUUACUGGGUCAACUCAUACUUAUUUGCUUCAGUAAAGUCAAUAAAAUAAUAAUAAUGGAGAGCUGGUUGGACGACGUCAAGCGUGUGAGAAUACCACGACCCAAAUUUGAGCGAAAAUAUCCCACGGAGCCUCCGAAAGACUACUUAGAAGACUGCAGCGACCUCGGUGGCAAAAGACGGCAUCAUGACAACAAGGACUUGGCUAAAGCAACAGAAGAACUAAGAAGAACGUUGCAAGAAAAGCUAUGA